GGCAACCAUCUGAAGGACGGACUAAUGGCGAAAGACGAUGUGCGGGAUGCCAAGAGGCAGCUUGGGGAAGAAGGGGAAGAAGGAGAGGGACCGUAUGAGCGCAAGGAUGUCUCGUACUUCCAGUACUAUUCUCUGCUGAGCCAUCAAGCUCAGAUGCUUCAGGAUGCGGUAAGAACCUCUGCAUACCAGCGAGCGAUCAUGUCCAACGCCCCAGAAUGGUUCAGAGAAAAGGUCGUCAUCGAUGUGGGCGCUGGCAACGGCAUCCUCUCCAUCUUCUCGGUCCAGGCCGGUGCGAAGAAGGUCUACGCCGUCGAAGCAAGCAACAUGGUCCAGCGUCUGCAGCACCUAGUCGAUGCCGCAAACAAAGAGGUCAGCUGCGAUGCUCCGAAUGAGUGGCUCAGUGGGAAAAUCAAGCCGGUUCAUGCCAAGAUGGAAGACGUGACCUCAAAGGACCAUCUUGAUGGGAAUCAGCACUGCGACACCCUCAUAUCAGAGUGUCUGGGUGUGCUGCUCGUUCACGAACGCAUGUGCGAGUCUUUUCUCGAUGCAAGAGAUCGGUUUCUUAAGCCGGGGGGUGCCAUCUUUCCCUCUGCAGGGACAAUCUGCCUAGCUCCCAUGGAGGACAAAUUGGUGUGGGACGAGGUGGCGACCAAGGCACGCUUCUGGGACAAUCGCAACUUCUAUGGCAUCGACAUGACGCCCUUCUCCGAGGCCGCAUGGGACGAAGCCUUUUCCUCGCCCGUUGUCGGCUGCUUCGGACCCUUGAUCCUCCUGUCGCCGUCCAACGACUACGACAUCGAUUUUGCUACGAUCUCGAGGGAAAACCUGAUGCGAUUCGAGAUGCCACUUGAUUUCGAGAUCAACCAGACAGCUGUCGUUCAUGGUCUUGCUGGCUGGUUCGACCUGCACUUUGUGCCGCCGGCUUCGUCGUCGUCGGCUUCCAGAAAGCUAAGCAGCAGCGACGCAAAUGGUGACGAGACCAUGGCUACAGAGCUGGACGGCGACGAUAUCGCAGGCCUCAAGAAGCCUGGGCCCUCGGCAGAAGAAGCCUACGGAGGCUUGUCGGGUCAUGCGAGCGCAUUCGAACCCUCGACAUCGACCAACGUGGACCAACUGACGGCUGCGAGCGCCCUCGAGACGCUCACGUCGGCUGCAGCCGGAUCGCAAUCGACGACGUACAUGUCGACGAGUCCCUACUCGACGCCUACGCACUGGCAGCAGGUGCGUUUCCUCUUUCGGGAACCGCUGGCCGUCAACAAGGGUCAGAGGAUACAGGGCAAGAUUCUGUGCGAGGUCAAUGAGUUCCGCUCCUACACUCUUAAUGGCGUGGUGAGCAUCAAUGGCACCGAUGACGCGCUUCUCACGCGCAAAUGCCACUGGCGGCUGGAUCGCCAGGUGUACUCGUGGACCUCGGCUAGUCCCGCAUCGCAAUGACGCCUCUUCGUCUUGUCUGCCUACCUUAUUUGACGACGUAAGGGCUACUUCGUCUUCCGUUUACCUUCGCUGCAACAAUUGUAUAAUCGCAAGAUUGGCUCCCUCCUCCUUGCAUUGAGUAGUUGUGUACUUGUGUGAGGUUAUGGUGCAAUGCAAGCAGGGACAUGGGCGGGGGAAAGAGACACA